CGGAGCAGUAUUGCGGUACGAUGCAAUCAUGAAUUGCAAAUUCAACUACCAAUCGCUACACAGAAUUCUAGGCACAGGGAUUACCGUUUAGGUCUAGGUCUUUUCGCACGUUUGCGCUAAAGGCAUCGCUUUAUUUAUAAUGAUGACGACAUGUAGGAAGUAUGCUCCAACCUAUGCGCUAUUAUGCAUGGCGGUGAUAGCUGCCUGUAAGGGGAUGGUCACGCCUGCAGGGAAAUCACUCGGCGCUGUCUCGGGGCGGCCGGGGGCGGGAGGGGGGGAGAAGAUUUCGCGACGGGCUGGAGAACGGCAAGCAGUUUCGGGCAUUGGGGCGGGCGGGAGAAUGAUGGGCGGGAGGGGAGGGGGCCAGCCCCCCCGAUGGCCCGACACCUUUAUUAUGGAGUACGUUAUUUCGAUGCCGCACUUUUACCUUACGCAGCCGGGGGGCUUGAGCUACACGGUCAAGGUGUGGUAUGAUGAGCCCAACAACCGGAUGCGCGUGGAGUCGUACGACGGCGAGGAUGUGGUGGUGUCGGCCGGGGGCUACGACUACACGGUCAUUCCGCGCAUUGACAAGCUGUUCUGCGACGUGUGGGGUGGCCCCGGCCGCCUUGUGUACAACCCCCUACCAGAAAUGGAGUUUUGGGAGUUCGGCGGGACUAUCGACCUGGAUGGCAAGGAAGCCAAUGUCUGGCAGCGCCAGAAUAAGGCGGGCAACAAGGUCUCGCAGCACACGUUCUACGCAACUCCAGACGGCGUGCCCCUGCGGCUGCACACAAUUGGCGUCAACAUCAUGUCUGGAUCCCACUUUGACGAGUACCUGUACACCUUCAAAAGCUUCACGACCGGGUUUCCUGACUCGCCUGACGCCGCAGCGCUGUUUGCUGUGCCCACCGUGUGCGAGGAGGAGAUUGAGGAGCUGCGCAGGAAGCAUGCCGAAGCGGGGAGCGAGGCGGCAGUGGCUGGUGCUGCUGCUGGUAUAGAUGCCAACGCUGGUGCGACCAUGGUGGGCAAGGAGGAGCAAGAGCAGCAGCAGCCGAAGGGGCUGGGUGAGGAAGGGGAGGAGCAGGGGACUACCGUGCCAGAAGAUGCGCCCUGCUGGGCACAGCGACAGAGGCAGGAGCUGGGUGGGCGCCGGCAGCACCCCUUCGCCUGGCAGGUGCACUCUGCCCUGCCCAACGCCUGGAGCCUUGACCAUGCCAUGAGUUACAACCUGUGGUCACGCGCGCAUGGGCGGGUGCACCAACACGCCCACGACUACGACAAACGCCUGGAUCGGUUCGUGGCCGUGGCCGCUAAGGUGCAGGCACACAACACCCGGCCCGAUGCUAGCUACAAGCUCAAGCUGAACCAGUGGGCGGACUGGCACCCGGAGGAGUGGCGCAGUGCCAUGCUGCCCAACCUCCGCCUCAAGCCACAGGUGCAGCAGCGGCCGGAUGGCACCGACGUGCUCAUAUCGGAGAUGCCGGGCGCGCCAUAUCGGCCAAAGUCCACCUUCCGCGGCACGCCCGGCCUCAGUCGUGCCGACCUGCCCCCCAGCGUGGACUGGCGCGGCACAGGCGCCGACCCAGGCGUAAAGGACCAGGGCAUGUGCGGCAGCUGCUAUACGUUCGCCGCCACAGGCACCAUGGACGGCACCUGGUUUGUGGCCACUGGACAGCGCCGCUCCUUUAGCGAGCAGCAGAUCAUCGAUUGUGCCUGGGACUACGGCCCUAAUGGCUGUUUCGGUGGCUACUACCAGCCCGUGCUCAACUAUGUGGCGGAGCAGGGCGGCAUGGCUCUGGAGCAGGACUACACGUACCGGGGCGAGCCGGGAUACUGCAGGGCCUCCAACCACACGCGUGUGGGCCUGUUCUCCGGCUACAUGAACGUUGAGAGCCGCAACGAGCUGGCGCUUAUGGAGGCCGUGGCCAAGUACGGACCCAUUGCUGUGUCCGUGAACGCGGACCCCGAGGCCUUCAGCUUCUACAGCGAGGGCGUGUUUGACGAGCCCGCCUGCACCACCCGCAUGCGGGACCUGGACCACACCGUGACGCUGUUCGGGUACGGCAGCCAGGACGGCAAGGACUACUGGCUGGUGCGCAACAGCUGGUCACAUUUUUGGGGAGAUGACGGAUACAUCAAGAUUGUCAGGGGCAAGCACGACUGCGGCAUCGCCACAGACCCAGCGGUGGCGCUGGUGGUGGACAGGCACGUGCGGCCGGAGGCGCAGGCGGCGGCUCAGCGGGAGGCGGCGCGCUGGGACUGAGGACGGAGAGCUCUAAGUGCUGCUUAGAAUUAGGUGUGAGGUUGUAGAACGUGAUGGUAAGACUGCGGAAAGGGUUGUUACUGUUUUUACUCCUGGUUUGUUAUUGCCUAUUGCAUGUAAAUAGGCGGCGGGGAAAAUUCGGGCGGAGCGAGAAGCGACUGCGCGAGUCAUGGACAGUUGACUGUCGCGAGGAAAGCGCCCUAGGCGCGACGCCGUGAGUGUCAACUACGUGAUGCAAAAUCGGCCUGGCGAUUUCAGCGGCGGCGCAGGACCUGGCGGCAGCAGCGGCGGCGGCGCAGGACCUUGCGGCGGUGCAGGGCCUGGGCCCAACAGUGGCGGCGUGCAUGUGCGUAGCGGAGGGGUCAGGCAAGGCCACGUGGAGCAGGAGAGCGCGGCGCCGCCAGAGAAACGGCGCCGGCGCGCAGGUUGAGACCUGCCGGUGUCUGGUUUGCGAUCUUUGCUGGCGAGCACAGCAUAGCAUGGCACGGUGUGUGGCUCGUUGGUUUGUCUUGACAGCGGGACAUGGCUGGACGCAUGGCGGGCGGGGCCUGUACAGACCGACCCCGGCUUUGUCCGGGAGAUGAGGUAGCUUUGAAACUUUGGGCUUCAGACAUUGCACCAACGAAGCGUGCGGCACAGCCCACUGUUACCCUUGUUACUCCUGAGUUGAGGCAUACCGUAGCAACAGGGCCGGACACAGGCGUGAACGCAGGGCUGCAACUCUGGCAAGAAGGCAUGCACGGUAAAUACUGCGUCAGCUUUCCCAGGGCGUACUCGGCGCAUGCACCAUUUUCAUCUACGGUCAACUCUGGCAGGGUCUCGCUACCUAUCCCUGGACCCAGAUCAGGGUGACCAAUUACCGGGCGUGUGAGCGUGCGCCUCAGUCAUGGUGUUGUAGCGUGUAAGCGUGUGGGUGGUCGUAAGCGAGGCACGGUACCGUGGUAUGCGACUUGCAUGGACGGCACUCAUUGCGCCCGUGAACGUGCACGCAGGGCUCGUUACCCUGGGUAGCGUGGAAGCGUGAUUUGAGGGCGCGGCCACACGGCCGCCAGGCACAGCCACGCACGCUGCAUGCGAUCCUUUGUCGAGUUUCGAGCAUGUUGCUCUGCAAGGCGUAGGGUUCUGGUAUCAACCACCUGUGCUCUGACCCUCGUUGAGUGCAUGUACGGUGAUUGGAAUUAGAUGAUGUCGUCAAGACGGAAGCAGUCAUCAAGGGUGCGGGUUUGGCUGGGGAAACGCAUCCUCCCGACGGCACGUGCCGUACGGCACCUGACUGCUUGUCCCCCAGUGACUCUUCCAUGCUAGUUGAAUGCACAUUGGACAACACUAUGUCGGAAGUCUUUGGGGGAUAACCAGCAGCAGUCAGAUGGUUGGAGCAGUGUUAGUUUGCGUGUUUGCCGAGGCGGGGAGUGGCACCCGGGUUGGUGCGCAGCCAUCACGUGGCUCACUGGGAUGGGCCUUACACAGAAUUUGCGCGUUUGCACCUUGCAGUGCGUGUAUGCAUAUAUGCAUAGGGCUGCGAGUACGGGUACAUGUUGACGGGGAGCGACCCAUCUCGACACUAGGAGAAGAGUCGAUAUUUUACCACGGGUGGCCAAAAACUUGCCCGCUCUUGUUGUUGGCUGCUUGCGCCAAUGCAUUCCCACAUUACCUGUGGCGUGUGUAUGUAUGUGUGUGUGUGUGUGUGUGUGUGUGUGUGUGUGUGUGUGUGUGUGUGUGUGUGUGUGUGUGUGUGUGUGUGUGUGUGUGUGUGUGUGUGUGUGUGUGUGUGUGUGUGUGUGUGUGUGUGUGUGUGUGUGUGUGUGUGUGUGUGUGUGUGUGUGUGUGUGUAUGUGUGUGUGUGUGUGUGAUACUGGUGACUGUAGUGUAUGAUCAUGAUGAGCGGUGGGAAGAGUGUUACCCACAGCAUAAUAGGGGGUGAUUGGUGAUGAGAUUAUGGCAACUAACGUGCAGCGAUGGGUACCGGUGGCGAUGGGUGCGUCAAGGGUGUUCAACGACAUUACUGGGGCUGCAGCAUCGUGGAUGCAACGGUGUAUCGAGUGAGAGUGAGAGUUUGCGGGGGCCGGGAGGGGCUGUAUUACAUUUGUUGAUGCAUGCUUAACUGAAAACGGACGUACUACGUACAGGAUGCCGGUGCAGGCGAGCUGUGAUCCUGUGUGGAGCCGUGUAGAGCUCGUCCGAUGUGCGGGGGCAGGGAACAAUCUUGAAGCUGCUUGUACCAAUCGACCUCGGGUUUGUCUGGUAUGUAAGGCAAGCUCGGC